AUGCUGCUGUUGCUGGGUCUGUUCGGUGUCUGGCUGAGCUGCUCCUCAGCUGCAGAGCUGGGUGUGGUGCAGACAGAGGCGGGGCUGGUGGAGGGGCAGAGUCACAGGAUGGGGCUGUUCAGGACUGUCGAUGUCUUUAAAGGAAUCCCCUUCGCUGACGUCCCUGGAAAGUGGGAGAAACCAAAACCCCAUCCUGGAUGGAGCGGGAUCCUGAAGGCAACUAAAUAUCGAGAUCGCUGCCUGCAGGUGACGCUGCUGCAGACAAAAACCCAGGGCAGCGAGGACUGUCUCUACCUCAACAUCUUUGUUCCACAGGGAAGACAAUUGUCCACUAACCUCCCGGUGAUGGUGUACCUGUUUGGGGGGGCCUUCCUGUUGGGGGCGUCCAACGACGUGGCCGUCCUCGGAGACUCACUGUACGACGGGAAGGAGAUGGCCGACAGGGGCGACGUCAUUGUCGUCACGGUGAACUACAGAGUCGGUACGCUGGGCUUCCUGAGCACCGGAGACCCCCGACUGCCAGGUAACUACGGUCUGUGGGAUCAGCACGCUGCCAUCUCCUGGGUCUACAGAAACAUCAAGGCGUUUGGAGGAAACCCCAGCAACAUCACCAUCUUUGGCCAAUCAGCUGGAGCCGCCAGCGUCAGCUUCCAGAUGCUGUCUCCGUACAGUAAAGGGUUAUUCCGCAGAGCGAUCUCACAGUGUGGGGUGGCCCUCAGUCCCUGGGCUCUGCAGAGGAACCCGAUGGCUCUCACCAAGAAGAUCGCUCGGAAAGUCGGCUGCUGGAGAAGCGACGAAGACGAGAUGAUAUCGUGUCUGAAGAUGAGCGACCCGGUCGGUCUCACCAUGGCUGGAAAGAUCGAUGUGCUCCUUAUUCUGGGAAAAGGCGUGGUCAUGGAUCUCCUCGAACUCGCUCCAGUGAUUGAUGGUGAUUUUAUCCCCGAUGAGCCCAGUCAGCUGUUUCACAAUGCAGCUCAGUUUGACUACCUGGCCGGGGUCAACAGCAUGGAUGGGCACAUCUUCGCUGGAGUCGACGUCCCUUCCAUUAACAUGCGAAAUGCCACCACCGUACAGCAGGUCAGGGGUCUGCUGGCUGGUCUGACCAAAGAGAAGGGGAACGCCGCCAUCGACUCGGCCUACAGCGUGUACACGUCUCACUGGGGUUCGGCUCCAGAGCAGGCGGUGGUGAAGAAGACCGUGGCCGACAUCGAGACUGACUUCCUGUUCCUGGUUCCCACUCAGAUUGCCCUCCAGCUCCACGCCAACAAUGCCAGUGGAGCCCGUACCUACUCUUACCUGUUCAACAUGAAGACUCGUAUCCCAGGAUUCCCCAGCUGGGUGGAGGCGGAGCAUGCCGAAGACCUGCAGUAUCUGUUUGGUAAACCCUUCUCCAUCCCGCUGGUCUACUUCCCGCGGCACCGAGACCUGUCCGAGUACAUGAUCGCAUACUGGACCAACUUCGCCAGGACCGGUGAUCCCAACGCUGGUCACAGUGGAGUCCCAGUUCCCUGGCCCCCCUUCACCAAACACCACCAACCCUACCUGACCAUCAACAACAAGAUCACCAAGUCCUCCGUCAGAUACGACCUGAGAUCAGACUACGUGGUCUACUGGACCCAAACCUACAGCAGGCUGCCGUCAGUCCGGGCGGAGGACAAAACGGAGGGAUGA